AUGGUAGUUACUGCUGCUGCUGCUGCUCAAGCAGCUCCAGAUUUGUGUUUCAUCUCCGAGAAUUUUUGGGAACGCAAGUCCUUUACUCCAGAUUCGCUUUCGUUAGGGGACGUUAACCAGCUGGGCGGAUUCUUCGUGAACGGUCGCCCGCUUCCGAUGGCUUUGAGAAUUAGAAUCAUCGAGUUGCACCAUUCAGGAAUUCGACCGUGUGACAUUUCUCGACAACUCCGAAUCAGCCAUGGAUGCGUGAGCAAAAUUCUCACCAGAUAUGUGGAAAAUGGUUCGAUUGAACCAGGAACAAUUGGAGGCAGCAAACCUCGAGUCACAACUCCAAAGGUAGUGGAGUACAUUCGACUGCUGAAAUGUUCGGAUCCGGGCAUUUUUUCGUGGGAAAUUCGCGAUCGACUUGUAAUUGACGGAAUUUGUAACAAGGACAAUGUCCCGUCGGUGAGCAGUAUAAGUCGGAUACUAAGGAGUAAAACGCCUAAAAGUGAGUCACAAUUGGAACUUUUUGAUAGCUCAUGCUUUCGACAUCGUGAGCCUAUCUGGUGGUGA